UCGCUAUGCGUUUACCCCAGUAUGUAAAGUGCUUUCUUGCUCUGAUUGUUGCACUUGGUCGGACCUUUUUACGUAAAGAAAAUCGUUGGAAAAAGAUUCUCCUCGAAAUAUCAAACGCAUCUAAAGGAGAUAGAGAAAGGACAAUUUAGAAAAAAAAUUCUAUUUCUCGUGGCUAUGAGAUGGGCGGAAGGGGCGUGAUUAUUUUAAAACAUAAUGGAUGUAAGUUCACUAGUACCAGCGGGUUUUCAAUCGAAUCAUAUAGAUCUGUGCGAGGUCCAAGCUGGUUACAAUAAGUUUUCGGAAAACUUGCGAAAACUCACCCCGCAAGCAAUACAGUGCGCGAUCUUUUGUGGCGGCUCUAGAUGCAAAUAUGAAAACCCAAAAGCCUGGCCGCCGGUGCACAUGGCAAUACAGAACAUCUUUUCGCAUUGGGUGACAGAUGACGUUCUCGCGAUGGCACGGCCGAACACCGCACAGAUUAUAAAGAAAGACGUAAUUGCUCAGUUUCAAGGGUGGAGUAUAAAAACUAUAAUAAAUCUACAAACGCCGGGCGAACAUGCGAGCUGCGGCGGUCCCCUCGAAGAAAGCGGUUUUACUUACGACCCGAAUGUCUUCAUGAAGCAUGGCAUUUACUAUUACAAUUUCGCGUUGAAGGAUUACGGAGAUGCAACAGUAAGCAAACUCCUCGACAUGGUCAAGGUCAUGGCCUUCGCAGUGCAGGAAGGAAGAGUGGCUAUUCACUGUCACGCUGGACUUGGCAGAACGGGAGUUCUGAUCGCGUGCUACCUCAUUUAUAGUCUGCGUGUGCGAGCUAACGAUGCAAUACGAUUCGUUCGUAUGAAACGACCGUGCGCAAUACAAACGCGUGGCCAAAUACUCUGCAUCCAGGAAUUCGAGCACUUUGUGCUUCCACAAAUGAUAGUUUUCCCUCUGAACAGCACAAUAGGCGAUCGCAAGCCCUGUAGCUUGCAGUCGCAUUUGAAAAAACAGCACAACAUUCUGCACGGAUAUGAGCAGCGCACAUUUAAAUAUAUUCCAAAGAUCGUAUUCACGAUUUGCGAACGAAUUCUUCAAUUGUGUGAUUGUCAGGAAGACAAUUCCCCUUGCGAGAUUCAGUAUACGAUUUCCAAUACGACUUUUACGCAAAAAUUCAUAUCCCACGUUUUGGACAAGAUGAAAGAUAGCAAGGGGAAUAUAAAACACUCUUAUUCGUGGACCGAGUCCCUUGCCGAUUCGUACGAUUGCUCCAGUUCUACAAAAGCUUGCGCAAGUGGUAGUCAAGCAUCUUCGAGAGAUACUUCCGACGAUAUUGGUAGAUUAAGCGACGUGUUCUGUACUUCCCCAGACACCCCGUUCUCCGACUCUACAUUUCUAGGACUUGAUGAUAACUAUGUAGACGAUGUCUUAGGCGACGGAAUUCACGAACAGGAUCUCACAGAGAAUGAUUGUUACAAAGAAAUUCAAUCUCACAUAGAUUUAAAGGUUGCUGCUGAGAAUACAUCCCUUGAAAUUGUUAGCGCUGAACAAGCAAUCAGAGCCCUGGUUAGAGACAAUGCCACUUUACCCGACAAAACAAAAAAGCGUAUCCAAAAUUAUCAGAUGGAUUUGAAUCACCGAUCUUCGGCCUGGCAGAGAAUACAAAUGGAAACAAACUUGGAUAUCUUGUCGGGAUUAUUAUUCGAAUGGCUAGAGACAUUGAAACAUCCUUUACUGGACGUAGACAGUUUGAGUUACAUCGUUGUCUGGAGUACUAAACCCCAAAAAUGUUUAGAAAAGUUGCCUACUUGUAACAGAUAUUUAUUGGAAUAUCUGUUACGAUUCAUCUGUCGGUUGAGACCGAUGACUAUCGAGAGUCAAAGCCUAAUCACGAAGAGGUUCAUGGCUACCCUCACGCAGCAAAGUACAUGGAUCAAGAACAACUUCUACCCUUCCAAUAAUUGCUUCAUACAUGUUUCACGAAGAUAUACGACGAUUGCCUCUACGUAUAGUCAACGUAUGCAUAUUCGUUCGACAAAUGCACAGCAUAAUUGAUCGCCAGAAAUAUUGAUUUCACUGUGUCAUGCAACAUCGUCCUAUUUAUAUUGUCAAUAAUUGUGGCAUAUGGUGACUAAGCGAAGCAUGAUAACAAACGCCUGAAUAUUAUACUAUUAAUUUAAUCUCAACUUUCGCAAACUAUUCUAUCAAUCGUUCUAAGUGGAAGCAAUGAAUUUCUAUCAUUAUUGGUAUAUACCA